AUGUCUGUACAUUAUAAAUUUAAAACAUCUUUAGAGUCACAUAUCGUAUCUUUUGAUGGUUUAAAUAUCUCAGUGGCUGAUCUUAAGAAAGCCAUUUUUCAUCAAAAACGCUUUGGAAAAAAUGCUGAUUUUGAUCUUCUUAUCACUAAUGCAGAGACAAAAGAAGAUUACACGGAUGACAAUAUCCUUAUUCCGAAAAACACAAGUCUUAUUGUUGCCAGGAUACCUUUAACAGUUCAACAAAAAAGAUCGUGGAACCGGUCUGAACCACAAUCAUUUGUUAACUUGAAAGAUGAAUCUAAUUUAGGUCAUGCUAAUGUUGAUUUGACGCGGUUAGAUGGAUCCGAAGAAGAUAAAAUCCGAGCCAUGAUGACUCAAUCAACACAGGACUAUGAUCCAUCAAAUUACAUGAAAAUCCGUGGUGCUAAUCAAUCAGGUGAAGUACCACCAAAAUAUCGUUGUAAUAAAUGCCAUCAACCUGGUCACUGGAUUAAAAAUUGUCCUCUUGGUGUGAAUCAAGAGCCUAUUGAAAUUAAAAAAAGCACUGGAAUUCCUCGAAGUUUCAUGGUACCAGUCGAUGGCCCAUCAGUUCCAGGUGCCAUGAUGACUCCAACAGGUCAUUAUGCUGUUCCUGCUAUUGAUCAUCAAGCUUAUAAAGAAGUUAAAAAAGAACGACCUCCUUUUUCAAAUGAUCCGGAGCCUAUUGUUAAAAAACCAGAAAUACCAGAAGAUUUACUUUGCAAUUUAUGUAAAGACUUAUUAACUGAUGCAGUUAUGAUUCCGUGUUGUGGAAAUUCUUUUUGUGAUGAAUGUAAGUUUAUUGAAGUAAAUUAUAUAUUUAUUACUAUUAAUCAGACUAGUAUUCGAACUCUACUACUUGAAUCCGAAGAUCAUCAAUGCCCCGAUUGCCCGGAAAAAGAUAUAUCACCAGAAAAUUUGAUUCCUAGUCGAUUCUUACGUAAUGCAGUAAUGAACUUUAAAAAUGAAACCGGUUACGCUAAACAGCAAACUUAUCAUUCAAUUCAAAAAAAUAUAGUUCCUAAAAAUACAGCAUCUGUUCCUGUUGUUACACCUCCAGUAGAGGAAGAAAAAAUAGAAGUUUCCGUUGUAUCUGUUCCUGUAGAAUCUAAAAAACCACCUCAAGAAUUGGUUCCAACUGAACAAGAAAAUUUUUUAGCUCCACAAGAUACUUAUGAGGCACCUGUUGAUCCAGGUAUUAAUGAUAAGUUGAUCAAGUUAGAUAUUGAAAGUGAAUCUAUCGUGCAUCCAUCGAUAAUUGAAGAAGAUUCAGAAGUUGUUCCACCACCACCUCCCGGAACUGAGCCUCUGCUACCGAUACCAUCAGUUAGUAGCUCACCAGAAAAAAAUACCGAUGUGGUUGCUGAUGAGAAAAAAGAUUACAAUUAUGAUUAUGAAGAAGAUAGACGUCCAAGAGAACGUCGUCAAAGUUUUAGCAAAGAUAACCGCGAGCGUGGAGAUAAUCGCCGUCCGGAAAGUGUAAGAUCAAUUACUAAACGGAGAUCUUUGUCACCAAGACAAUCUCGUCGUAAUGAUUAUCCAGUUCAUAAUGCACCAGUACAUCAGCCGAUGAAUCCUGUUAAAGGAUACCAAAACAUCCCUUCAAACAAUUCAUCUCAGUACAAUACAAAUACGCAACAUUAUGAUACUGAAAUUCGGAGACCCGAUGAGGAUCCAAAUAGUGGUCCAGUAAUGGAUCAUCAGUAUCCUCCAUCAACAGCUCACCAAGCUCCACUUCUUCCUUAUCCGCCUGGAGAAGAUCGAAUGCCAUCAUUGCAACCACCUCCACCACAAGGUUAUAGUCAACCACCUCCUGUUAUGCAACAGCAUAAUGCACCACCUCCUAUGUCUGAUCCAUACAUGGGUCACAGGAUGCCCAUGUAUCCACAUCAGCAAGGACCACAUUAUGGUCCACCAAGAUACUCCCGACCGCAAUAUCAGCAACAAGGAUACCGUCCUUCUCAACCUCGUAACUAUAAUGGCCCACCGCGACCAAUGAGAGGAAUGCAUCAUCUAGGUUAUCGAGGUAUUCAACCUCCUCCUCCAGGAUUAGGGAGAAAUAUGUACAAUGGAAAUCCACCCGGAGUGAUUGAUGAUCCUCUUGAAGCUUUUGAGCGUAUGCUACGAGAAAAAGAUGAACGAGACAGAAGAUUAGGGAAAGGACGACGCCGAUCUAGAAGUCGUUCUAGAAGAAGCUACACACGAUCACGAUCUCGUUCUAUAAGCCGUCGGUCUCCAUUACCACCUCGUGUUAGUAGAUCAAGGAGCCCACCACCAAAGAGAAGAUCUACAAGAUCUCCGCCACCAUUAAGACAGCGUAGUAGAACACCUAAAAGAAGAUCUCGUAGUGCAAGUGUCUCCAUUAAUCAAGAUCAUAUUCUCGUAGCCAAUCGCCUCGUAGCUCUAUUUCACGGGAUCGUGAACGAGAUCGAGAAAGAGGAAGAGAAAGAGAAAGAGAAAGAGAAAGAGAACUAUGGGUUUAAAGAUCGUGAGCGUGAUAUUCCGAACAACAGAGAGAGAUCUGGUUAUCGUUACCCACCUCGAAAUCAAACAGCACAUCACAAUAUUCCACCGUUGAUGCCACAUCUAAACACUGGAGCUCAUCAACCACAACCGCAGCGGUCCUUUGGAGGUCCGUCGCAGGAUAGGAAAGACUAUUAUGAUUCUUACAACAGUCCUGGACGUAAAACACAUCAUAAACGCAUUGACGAUGUCGCACCUCCUGGAACUGAAGGAUACUAUGACCUGCCACCACCUGGUGUUGAUCGGGACAGAUCUAGAGUAUCUAAAGAGCGAGAUCGUGAACAUACGAAGGAAACAGAGACCGAAAAUCGUGAUCGUAAUCCAUUGUCAGAUGAAAGAGUGAGAGAACGUGAUGAUCAUACUAGAGAAAAAGAUGAUAGAGAUCGACGGACAUUUGAUCGCAAUGUCGACCAAGAUCGUUCCAGAGAAAAAGAUGAUCGGAAUAGAGGAACUUUGAACCGACCUCGCGAGGAACGAUCUCGGGAAAUUGAUGACAGAGAAAGAAGAGACAAGGAUAAAGAUCGUGAUGAUAAAUACAAUCGUGAUCAUCGGGAAGAUGAUCGUCAAGUGGAUAAACGUGAUUAUGACAAAGAACGGCAUAGAGACGAUCGUGAUCGGCACAGAUUUGAAGAUAAAAAUCGGCCACGUGACCGAGAAAGAAGAGAACGUGAUUAUCCACCGGAAAAAGAUUGUAAUCGUGAUCGUUAUGAGAGACCUGUAACAGAUUCCAAGAAGAAAUUCCAAAAGAGUUCCAGUCCUUAUCCUCAAAAAUCAUGGAAUGAAACUAAAGAGUCAUCCCCAGAACGGUCGAGGAAAAAAGAUAAAGAUUAUAAUGAUAAAUCAGAUGAGAAGAAGAAAGAAAAGAAAAUAAAGGAUAAGAAAAAGAAGAAAGACAGUGAAGAGAAAGAAAAGAAGAAAAAGAAGAAGAAAGAAAAAAAAUUGACACAAAAAGAAUUAGAAAAAAGUGAAACGUCAAAAUUAUUUGAUGAUAAUGAUAAAGUUGUGACUGAUUUAAAUUUAGAUCAGUUAGAUUUAGCGAUUAAAAAUUCAGAUGUGCCAAAUAUUAAUAAUGAAUUUGAAGAAAAGUCAUUGAUGAUAAAUCCAGAACCACCUGAGCAAAUAGAAGAAGAAGAAGAAGAAGAAGAAGAAGAAGAAGACUCAUUAUUACGCCAAGAAGACACGGAGUUAGGUGCAAAUCCUCCUAAUCCUAAUUUUAAACCUAUUCCUGAAUUAAAACCAGAGUUUAAAAAUUCAUCAAUUGACGAUCAUUACAGUGAUACAGAUGAUAAAGAAAUUAAACCGACUGAUACUGAUGAAUUUUCAGUACUACCUAAUAUUAUUGAAGAAAAUAUUGAUGCUAAUGAUAAUGAAGAUGAAAUUAAUUCAUUAAAAUCACCUUCAGCCACUGAGCCAGAAGAAACAAACUCUGAAAAGUUAUUAUUGACAAAUAAAGUGGUAGAUUCUUCAGUUAAAAAGAGUGAAUUUUUAGCACCUAUGCCUGAAUUAUCUAAAUGGGAACGAGAUGAAAGCACUGAAAAAUUAGAUGAUGUUGUUAGUACAUUAUCGCAAGUAAAUGAAUCUUUUGGUGAAUCAAAAUCAACAACAGAAGUAACUCGUGACGUAUUAAAACGAGCUGAAAAUGCAAUAUUUCAAAAAGCUAUCAAUGCUAUUAGACCUAUUGAAAUUAAAAAGAUAAGCGAAAAUCGUAAAAUUUUAUAUCAAAAUCCGGAACCAAAAGUAUUUGAGCCAGAAUUGAAUCGUGAUGUCAAUAAAAGUCUAAAUGUUACUGUUAAUAUCGGGAAAAAUGAGCGCAAUGUUGAAAUAACAGAGUCAUCUAAAAAAGGUAAAAUAGACCGCUCCAAAUUUAAAUUAAAUGAAUCACAUUCACCAACAAGACUAUCAGCUAAAGAACGCUUAGGUGAUAAAAUUGAUGAUGAAAAAGAUAAAAAAAUAACACUAACCAGUGUUAAUAAUGAUCGAAAAGUUUUUAUCGAUGACAGUAAAUCACGGUCACGAGGAAAGGACUUGAGUGUUAAAAAUUAUCAUUCCGGACGUAGUAGUAAAAAUGAUAAAGAACGUGAAAGGCAAAUUCAAACACCACCUCCUCUUAUCAGUAGUAAACAUGCCAAUGAAUUGGAGGAAACGCAUCAUCAUUUAUUUAAACGUAAACGUGAUCAAGAGGACAGUGAUGAUAAAGACGAUAAAAAGAAGCAUGGAGAUAAAAAACGUAAGAAAGAACACAGAAGUCGUAGUAAGUCGCGUGAGCAUAAAAAACGUAAAGAAAAGAAACAUAAAAAAGAUAAAUUUAGUGAGAGAAGCGACAGAAAACAAAAACACAAAGAAUCAAUUGUUAAACGGGAUAAACAAUCACUUGAUUCAGAGGAUAAAUCAAAUUUAACAAAUAUUAAUUUGAAUCAAGAACAAUCACCAGCACGGAAACAUCAACAGCAGCAACCGAAAAAUCCAAAGUCAAUAUCUGAUCGUAAACGUAGUGUUUUAGAUGAAGCUAGUUUUGAACCAGAUUAUUCGGCUUCUGAUUCAGAUUCUGAUAAUGAAGAUAAUAAUAAAACAAGUGUCAAAAAGAUUAAAACUGAUGAACAACACCAACAAUUUGAUCUUGACAAAGAAGUUUGUGUUAAAGUGACUAAACGUAGAGUUAAAUCUACAAGUUCUGAUGAUAAUUCAAAUACAUCAGUCAGUUCUUCAACAGAAUCUGACAGUUCAGAUGAUUCUUCUUACCGUAGACGUAAAAAGAAGCAUAAAAAACACAAAAAACGUAAAUUAGCCAAGAAAGAAAGUAGCUCAGAAUUAGAUAGUGAUUCAGAUUCUACGCAAUCAAGUUCUGAGGAAGAAAAGCACAAGAAGAAAUCGAAAAAAUCUAAAAGCAAAAAGAAGCAGUUGAAAAAAAAGAAAAAAUCUAAGCAUAAAUAA